AUGUCGAGCACUCGAGACGAUAUUGUGGACGUCUUUGAAUGUGAUGGCACCUUCUCCUUUUUGCAUGAAUUACAUCGUUUUCGCUUUAUAAUUUACAAGGAUAAAAGUCUUCAAGUUGCUAUCAAACCAAUUGCAAUUGUCACUCGAUCAAUUGAUCAACAAGAAUGUAUGCAAGACCUAAACGACAGAGAACAAGUAGAUGAUCAGAAUGAAUAUAUUCCAAGACGUUUUAUGUUAAGAGACGAUUAUGAUCGAACAAUUCAAGCUAUAGAAGAAGAAGAAGAUACCAAAUUAGUAGCAUACGAUGGACGUGCAUUGGUGGAAAUGAUGCCACAAGUAGCAAAGGAUGGAACCAUUCCACCGGUGAAUUAUAUCGUCCACUUUAAGAUUGUGCAAUACGGACGACAUGCACAAGGUAUGUGGUCGCAAAUUAUCAAGUGCAUUGCUCACCUCUCGCGUGAACGUGGCAUGUCUGGACGAUUUUUUGAAAUUAAAGACAGUGUCGAAGAAGCUCAGGACUUUACGUUACGACCGAGCAGUUAUCGAACUGAGGCAUUGGAUAACCCAUUGCAUCCGCUUACACCUGGACGGUAUCUAUUGCAAGGCAUUACAAUUGCUGAGAAUGCAUUCGUCUACGAAUGUGUGGUGGAUCUGACACUCCAGGCCAAUGGCAUGAUAUCGGGUACAUCCUAUGAAUUGCCAUUUGCACAAGAAUGUUCACUUGCUGGGAUGUGGACCCGUAAGGGUCUUCACUACUUGCUGCAAUAUGAAAUGCACGGCAACAAGCACACAUACAAUUAUUUUGGCACACCGUUUCACGCGGGCUUGCAAGGUACAUGGCACAAUUCUGAACUACCAAGACUCGGAGUAAACCUCGACGCAAAUACAAGUCAAGCUGAGCGUGGUAUAUUAGAAUUUCAACUAGUCAAAGCUGUUCGUGUAUGGAGCGAAACAUUUCACAAAGACUAUCCCGUGGUAUUUCAGGAAUGCGUAAAACUUAUGCUCCUUGCAUCACAUCGUGAUGGUAUUUUACCAAACUACUUAUGGAGCUUUAUUGUAUCGUAUUGCGGGUACAAUUGGUUCAUACGUGACUUGCAAUAG